UCCACCUCUACGACUAUGAAAACAAGUUUGACCGGUCUACGAGAUGUAAAAUCGUCGCACGAUCUCAUCGCUCAACAGUCUGCGCCGGAUUGCUCCACGGAAUUAUACGUCGUCCGCGUCUUCAUUUGUCGAACAAAAAUGAAUUUUCCCCGAGUCACAGCUCUGAAAUUUAAAGCGAAGCAGGGUUUUGUGCGUAAUGCAAACAAUCUUGCGGCGUUUUUGAAACCGGAGCUUCGUGCAAUCGAGGACGCUGGCACAUGGAAACACGAGAGAAUAAUUGCGUCUCCACAACGCACGGAAAUCGCUUUAGCCGAUGGAUCGAAAGUGCUCAAUUUUUGCGCCAACAAUUAUCUUGGAUUAGCGGACAACAAACACGUCAUAGAUGUGGCAAAAAAUGCUUUGGACGAAUAUGGAGCGGGGUUGAGUUCAGUAAGAUUCAUCUGCGGAACUCAAAAAAUACACAGAGAGCUCGAACAAAGAAUAGCAGAUUUUCAUGGAAGAGAAGCUGCGAUUAUUUAUCCGUCGUGUUUCGACGCAAAUGCAGGACUUUUCGAGUCGUUUUUGACGCCGGACGACGCUGUUAUUAGCGAUGAAUUGAACCAUGCGUCAAUUAUCGACGGGAUUCGACUCUGCAAAGCAAAAAAAUAUCGUUUCAAGCAUCGAGACAUGGCCGAUUUGGAAUCAAAAUUGAAAGAGAGCAGCGGUUCACGUUUGCGCCUCAUAGCUACGGACGGAGUCUUUUCUAUGGACGGAACGGUCGCGCCUCUAUCGGACAUAAUCGCAUUGGCAAAAGCUCACAACGCUCUCACUUUCGUGGACGAUUGUCACGCCACUGGAUUUUUCGGCAAAACUGGCCGCGGAUCCGAGGAAUAUUGUAAUCAGAGUGGUGCCGUCGAUAUUAUAAACUCAACAUUGGGCAAAGCUUUGGGCGGAGCUGCAGGGGGCUACACGACUGGACCUAAGGAAUUAAUUGAUUUAUUGCGACAAAAGAGUCGACCGUAUUUGUUUUCGAAUUCAUUGCCUCCACCAGUUGUGGCCACGGGAAUCCAAGUCCUGAAAAUGUUGUCAAGCAGCUCGUCGUCAUUUUUGGAUCGAUUGACCGAAAACACAAUGAGAUUUCGACGAUCCAUGGUUGGUGCAGGUUUCACCAUCAGCGGUGACAAUCAUCCCAUUAGUCCCGUUAUGCUCGGGGACGCCAAAUUAGCAACGAAUUUUGCCGACAAGAUGCUCCGUAAAGGUAUUUACGUGAUCGGAUUCAGUUACCCGGUAGUGCCGAAAGGAAAAGCAAGGAUUCGAGUUCAAAUAAGCGCAGCUCACACCAAAGACGAUAUUGAUCUGGCUGUAAAUGCUUUCAUCGAAGUUGGCAAAGAACUCGGUGUUAUACAGUAAUUUCAUUUUUUCCUCAAAUGUUUUCAGCAUAUUCGUUAUGAUUUUUUGCUUCCCAAAUGACGGAACGAAGCGCCAUUUUCCCACAAUCAUUUCAUCUUGUAUUCAAAUAAAAAUCUAUUCUAAGGAGA